AUGGAUUUGCGUGUAGGCAUAUUCUGGGAUCCUCGAGAGCCACCGCCCCCGGGGGUCGAUGCUGGUGUUCGCAAUUUUGCACAACGUCGUGGCCAUCGACAGCCUGGUGAUGAAGUGCCUACUUUGCAUGUUGUGGACGAGAAUCGAACUCACCAGCGUGACCGUCCAUACCGACGAGAAGGAUAUGAUCGCGAUUACGAGAACGAGGUUGCUAUAUCCGAACCAGAAAGAAACAACCUGCCGCCGCUGUCCGUGUCCCUGACUGCGCGAGUCGUCGAGGAUACAGCAAAGGUCACCGUGACACAACUCUUCUGGAACAACACCAAAGAUUCCAUACGGAAGGGAACAUAUACGUUCCCGCUAUCCAACGGGUGUACAGUUACGAGCUUUAGCUGCCGAAUUGGCAAGAACAGGAUUGUGAGGGCUAAGGUGCAGUCGAAGCCCGAGGCUCGUGAUGCAUUUCAGGAGGGUCUCCGCGCCGGCCGGUCGGCUGGCUUGCUCGAACAGGACACCCCCGAGAUCUUCACCACGACACUUGGGAAUAUUCCUGCCAACACAAAGCUAAGCAUAGAAAUUACAUAUGUCACCCUCCUCAAGCACAUAUUUGUAGAGAAUUGCAGUACGACGACACUGACGAUUCCUACCUAUAUCGCUCCGCGCUAUGGCAGUCCACCUCCCGGCCUCCAGGACCUGGCUGCAGCACGACUAUCUCAUGGCAUAUCUAUCCAGGUAGCAGUAGUAGCGAAAGAGACUGCACUAAGAAUAUCCAGCAAGUCGCACAACAUAAAAAUUGAACGAGAAAUUGGCAAGAAUACAUGCAACAACUGGGCCGAGUUUACAGGGGCAGCCGGGACACAUGAUGUUGCAGUGUCUUUGGUAAAGCUGGAAGAUGGCACGGCAUUCCUUGCCCGCGAUUUCGUUCUCGAAAUUGUGAAAGAGUCUCAAAAUGGCUUGGAAACUCCAACGGCCUGGCUUGAGACGCACCCUUCACUUGUAAAUCACAAGGCCUUAAUGCUCACGAUCCCUCCGCAAUUCACGCUUAGAAAGCAAUGUCUCAAUCAAGACGGUGAGGUAAUCUUCCUUGCUGAUCGAUCAGGAUCUAUGUCGGAUAAGAUGCAGUCACUUAAAUCUGCCAUGAACUUCUUCCUCAAAGGCAUACCGCAAGGUCGCAAAUUUAAUGUCUGGUGCUUUGGUAGUAGCUGUACCUCACUCUGGCCACAAUCUGUCGACUACUCCGAAAGAGCCCUCCAAAUUGCCAUAGACUAUGUCACUUUCCAAUUUGAAUCUGACAUGGGCGGCACCGAACUUCUCGGCGCCUUGACAGCCAUCGCCGGAGGGACUAAGCAGGUUUCACAUAUGGUUGACGUAGUGAUGAUAACUGAUGGGGAAGUCUGGAGACACGACGAGACUAUCAGCUUUGUUAGGGAGACCUCACGAUCCAGCCAAGGCAGAACAAGAUUUUUUGCGCUUGGUAUUGGGAAUGCUGUAUCGCAUGAUCUCGUAGAAGGUAUAGCCAAAGCUGGUGGAGGGUAUGCUGAGGUGAUUCCAGCCGCGAGCCAAGGCGGAUGGGAAGACAAAGUUGUCACUAUGCUGAGUGCAGCCUUAUCCGAUCAUAUUGGGCCAUUUCGGAUCCAGUUUGACGAGCAAGAUGGGGCAAAUACCCUAGGAAAUGUCCUUAAAAACGCAUUCAAUCGCGGUCAAGCAACAACUUGUCUCUUACGGCCAGAUACCCUACAAUCUCCAGCCGACAUUUCGACGUUGAGCCCUUUCCUACCAAACCGAGCUUUUAUACUCUUUGAAUCUGCGAAUGUAGGCCCUUUGGAUCAUAUUAAUAUCAAGGCGACUAUUCCAGGCGGGGAAGAAAUCAUUAAUCGUGUGCCCGUAACUCUACUUGAAAAGAACGACUCGACUUUGCACAACUUAGGUGCCAGAGCGCUUCUCGGUGACCUAGAGCAAGGGCAGAGUUGGAUUCACCUAGGCCUAGAUGCGCCUUCUCGAGGCUCAAUCGACGAGCAAAGACUCGUUCGUGAAGAAGGGGAAGCCCUGGGUUGUAAGUGGUCCCUUGUCUCGAAAUGGACCAGCUUUUACACGGUCGAAGAACCGUACUACGUCGCUGAGAAUUCUCGGAUCCCAUUCUUGGACGCAGACGACUUAACAAUUCGCGACGCUGUAAGCGACUUAGGCCUACUGCGUCAGAGAGGUGUCGUAGCUCAGCGAGCAAAUUCUUUGCCGACGGGUCUUCCUGUAUCUUUGGCAGCUGGGCAGGAAGAACAUGCAUCAGACGAUGACGAGGACGCGGCGUCGAGCACACACAGGUUGGAGAGGGCAAAAGAUGGCGAGAAUGAUAGUGGCACCGAUCAUGAUGGGAGCAAUGGAGAUGAAGGAGGCUCAGAAGGUGACGUUGUAUACCAGGAAAACCUUAAUACGAAAGGUCGGAACGCUGAUAGAGAUGGAGUGGCCCAGGAAGGAAGCCCAGAUAAUCAAAAUGAUGCUCCCACUUCCAACGCCGUAUGCCACACUUCAAUGCGCCAUGUCUCAUGCCGGGUUCCCUGUAGAGCCCGUCUAAAAAACUCCCGUCGAUUACGAGAUCGGAACAGCAAACGCAGUUCGCAGGCUAGUUCUGUGAAACGGCAUCCAGACAAUGAAUCACCAAUGAGAAUGACGAACUCUACUGUUAGGCAAUAUGGGACACAUUAUCAUGGCACUUCCAUGGAGUACUCUCGCGACUCAGGAGAUGCUCUACGUAACUUCGGAAUGUCUUAUCCAACGAUCCUAUCCGUCAGCGACUCUGCCACGACCAACUAUUUUACGGUCGACGCCCCUAGCUUCAAUAUGCCUGCUUCAAGUGCAAUGCACCCUAUUGAAAGCCUCCCCAUCAAAUCAGCACAGCAGAUAGCCGAUGAAGAUAAAAUCUGUAAUCUACUUUACUUCCAAUCUUUCGACGGCAGUUUCAAGUUUGACAAUAUGGAGCACUUGAAGGCUCACAUGGGAGACGGUUUCGCAACCAUAGUCCAACACCUCCAAGAUCAAACCUCCUUUGUGGUGGCUGUCACAGUAGGGGUCAUGUUGCUCCUAGAGGAAAAGUUCGAGCACUGUCGAAGUCUGUGGAUGUUGGUACAUAAAAAAGCCACUGAUUACCUCGAAAACCAGGGACUUUCAGAGCUUGAUCAAAAGCACUUGCUUGAAUACGAAAGGCAAGAAGUCCGACAGCUUAGUACGUCGCAUAUGCUGGGGGUGGCACCUUGUGCACAGUUUUUCUCCCCGCCAAGCUAUGAUGAAUAUAGUGGAAGCUAUGACGAAUAUAUUGGAGCGCAAAGGUCAAAGACGUCUGGAUAUAAACAGGAACAGUCGUGGUGUUCGCGUGAUGCUACCGAUCAGGAUGAAACUAGAGUGGAUGUGGGUGACAAACAAAGCGCCGGAGGAGUUAACUCUCAAAGUAUCCUGAACACGUAA